AUGGAGAUCGAAAGCCGAGUCGAACUACCUGACGGACAUCUCGUGAACCUCUCACCUCGACCUCAUAACCACGGCCAAUACCAGGCAUACCGUGCCGACUACGCAACCGAGCUCUCUGCAAACUCUCCUUCCCGAUACCACUUCUCUGAAAAUCGUGCUGAAUCCACAUCGCCCAGAGGUUCAGAGGACACGAUGUUUCACAGAGCAAAAGCAACCAAGCUCCCAGUCCCGAAGACUUUUUCUGAAAAGGGAAGGGACCAGAGGAAUCAAACCCCCAGCCCUACCGCAAUCCCGAAACCAUCAUCGACAACCUUUUCCUCCGGUGGAUCUGGGGGCCCGCCUACUCAAUCAGGAGACCGCAGCCGAGAACACACAUGGAAAAGAUUGAGGGAUCGAUUUGAGAAAGACUCAUCCCCGUUGUCUCAAAGGUCAUCCUAUGUUCGGUCCAGAAACAGUGACCAGAAUGGCUCUCCGGAUCCUUCAAAUGCGAAGAAGCCGAAUAAGGAUAAGCCUGCUAACCGCGCUCGUCGCUCCGGUAUUCCGAGCCCGCCGGCCAACAGAAAUACUGCGCAUGGUGGACGUCAAAAGUUGUCUGUCAAUCCAGAAAGCAAGAAACAAUGGACCGAUCACGAUUCCGCCAACGCUUAUCAGACGCCAGGAAGAUCCGAAACCACAAAAUCAGGCUUAGACUCUCAGUCAUCGAUAUCACCAGUCUCACCGGGCGAAUCAGUGGCAGACUGGGAGGACAGAUUUGUUGUUCACAUGCCUUCUGCGAAAGAUCCGAACCCACCUACUAUGACUACUCAGCAAAUUUCUGAAUAUCAGAAGAGCAUAGAGCGGAAGAAACGAGAACGUCGUCGAGGUCGAGUAUCUGAUAUCAGUGCAGCUCCCAGCUCACGCAAUGUGUCUGCAGAAAGGGAUAACAGCUCACAACCACCUCAAAAACCACAGCCGGAGCAAAGGACAGAGACCUUCAAGACUUACAAUGGUCGGCCAUCUCAGUCCCAACCAGAAACGGAUCGACAGCAAGCGACAUCUUCUCAGCCCCAAAACUCCCUAUCUCCGGCGCAUCUAAACAACUAUUACAGCCCGGAAGAAAUUGGCAAGAACAGGAUCAGCACCAUAUGGGAAGAGUCUUCUCCAUCGAAACCUCGAGACAAACGUCCAGGGAACGAUGGCUGCAAGGAAAUCAAUCCCGGCGCCAAAAAUCCAGACGAAAUUCUUCUAUUUUCGUCCGCUCAAGAGGCCGAAAAUCUUCAACCUCGCCCUCUCGCCAUAGGAGGAAAGAAGAAGCCAAAGGAAGAGACGCGGACGGCUGUGUAUCAGAAGCAGCAGAAAGCAGAGGCCGGGACCAAUGCCAUUCAAGAAGAGUGGACAGAAAUUUCUCAGAAUUCGAAGCAUGCCCAAUGCUGGAAGCUGUCAUCCAAGAGCCUGUGUCAGGAUCCCAAUUGCUCGGAUCACGAGAUCGAGAGAGCGGACUCCCAAGGGUCGAGCAAAGAAAAUACCCAUCCGAGACCGAGUUUCGAGAGCGCGAAGGAGCAUCCCGAAGACAUUCGCGGAGAAGACGAUGUGUUCAUUAUCACACCCACUGUCACCCGUACAAUGCUCCCUUCCUCGGUCUCGGAGAAAAAGUCCCUCAAUCUCAAGACCCAAGGGUUGCGACGUCCCGGUGGUACUGGCCAGUCGGGCACAGGCGAGGCCGUGAAGGCCGUCCGGGCAAAGGCUCAAGUCGUCUCCACACCUUCUGGGUUGCGACCAGCCGGAGGAGCCUCGCAGACGAAAUCGAUAACUCCAUCAAUACCAUCAUCCAAAACCACAGCGUCCCUGAGCACAAGCUCCAUCCGUGGAUUCAUCCGUACCUCCGGACUAGGACGGUCAGGCGGCAUCGUUAGGUCUCCCACCGACAGUCUGGCGACAAUUCUACGCAAUGGCACCGAGUCCCUGCGUAACAGAGCAGAGUCCUUCCGCAAUGCCAAUGGGUCUCUCUAUUUCAGCAGUCGCAAGGGAUCUCCUGUAUCCCUAACCUCGGCGCCGUCCAGGGACAAUUCAGAAUCCUCACGGUCCGAGAGGUCUUUCAGGUCGGCGUUAUCUUCGGUGAAGGACACACCACCAUGCUCCGCCAAGCCGUCACCUUCCAAAAGAUCUUCUCCAGCCGCGAAGCGCGUUUCUAUCGACAAAGGACCUCCGCAAGAGAUAACUCCUCCCCGUGAGUCGAGACUUCCUCGCCAGAGCAGUCCUCCACGCCAGAAAACACCAACACCACAGAGGGCCAGGGUGUCUUCCAGAGAAACGUCUCCUUCGGCGGAUGAUCCGCGUCUCAUAGCCGAGAGACUGGCACGCGCAGAAAGACUUGAGAGAUUCAAGGAAGAGGCACGCUUACGACGGGCAACUAGAAUGGCUGGAGGUGCGAAUCCGGAGAAUCUCGCAGACAAGCCUAUCGACGAGAAGGAGAUCGCUGAAUUGGAUGGCCAUCAGGUAACCGGUUCCAAAACCAAAAGAUACCUUCACCCCAACAUCACGGAUGUCUGUGAUGAUUUGCGCGAGGGACUGCAUCCAGGAAAUAAAAACGAAUCCAUCAAAGAAGGCGCCAAUGCCCUAGCCCUCUCUAUGGUUUUCGAAAUCAUCGUCAUGGCCAUCACUCAAAUGCACAAGGCCGUUCACAACGGCACCGACAGCCAAUACGCAAAGGUCCUGAUAAACAAUGUUUACAACAUGGCUCGGCACUGCUACCGCGUCUUCACUCGUGUAUAUCGGGUUAUCUCAGACUACCAAGCAACAGGUAAAUGGCCUCGGGCCAAAAACGACAAGGCCAUCAGUGGUUUCUUGAUGGAACUACUCCAGGCCGUUCUGUACCUUUUUGUCCUCGGGUUCGGGGCAUUGGUCGUUGGACGUGCGGCAAGUUACGUUCUUCUUGUUGGGAGCUGGAUGCUUUGGUUUGCCAAACCAUUUGCCUGGGCGGUGCAAGGUAUCGGUCGUGCUUUGGUAAUGUGA